AUGUCAGAGGCCGCCGCCGAGGAGGCGCCAGCCGACGCCGGCGCGGCGCUGGAAGCGGAGCUCGACGCCGCGGCGGCGGACCUCGCCGCCGCGCCCGCCGCGGCGCCGCCGUCGGACGGAGGCGCCGCGACGGAACCCGCGCCGCCCGCCGAGGCGGCGGAGGAGCCUGCGCCGCCGGCCGACGGAGGCGCCGCCCCCGCGACGGAACCGCCGGCCGAAGCGGAGGAGGAGCCCGCACCGGCCGCGCCCGAGGCCGAGGCCGACGAGGACCUGCCGUCGUUCGUUCCCGCGGCAGAAGAAGAAGACUCGUUAGCACCAAGUGCCGAGUUGUACGACUGCGAGAAGGGCUGUGGCUAUAGAGGCACCUUUGAUGAUGUGGAACUCCACGAGCAGACCUGCAAAUAUCCCGAUGUCACUCCGCCGGCGACCGUCGAAGAGGAGUCGCAGGAAGAAACGCUCAACACGGCGCAAUUGGAUCUCAGUGAUCUGUUCAAUGCGUCCGCACUCACGAACCUCUUCCAAGGGUUGCAGCACCAAUUGAAACACCAGCAGAAGAGAUUAGGACAACUCGAAAGUCAAACACAUGAGUUGGAAGCGGCUCGCCUAGCGCAUGCGGCGGAGAAGGAGAUCUGGGAGGUCCAGCAGGCCGAGCUACGGCACGAGUUGGAAAGGGACAAGCGCAUGUUCGAUAGAAAAGUCAGACAAGCGGUAAGGGAUAGCCUGGGCGGCUUACACGUUUUACAAAAUGAACUCAACCGGGAGAAGGGCAUGAAGCGCCUAUGCGCCUACAUGACGGACAAGGAGAUGAAAGUGCAAGGAAUGUAUUUCAACUCCUGGAAGCAUGCGGCAAAUGAGAUCACGCUGUUCAUAAAAAAAAAAAAGAUUUUAUUAAGAUUGGGCAACAUGGGCGCGAACCACGGUAUCAUCCUGGGCUGGUCGAACUGGCUCGAGAAGCACAAGGCCCAGAAGCACAAGGAGGGCAUGGCUCGAGGCUUUGAGAGACUAGUGGAGAUAUGUGUAGAAAAGCAACAAAAAAAACGGAGCUUCCACCACUGGACCGAGAUCAUCUUAUGUGAACAGCUGCGGGAGGCCGUCGGCCAUACGGGUGCCGAGGAGGACUUUUCGAUGGAGCCCGACGAAAAUCAAGCGGAGAUUUUCAGGAUUGCCGAGAAGGCCGCGAGACCCUACAUGAUGCGCGCGGCCCAGGCCGCCGAGGCCCUGAAGCUGCGAGAUGCGUUCGAGAACUGUUCGUUUGGCUUCAUGGCUUCGUUGAAGGUCCUCGAGGCCGAGGACGACAUUGUUCGUAGGAAGGAGGAGCGGGAGAUGGCUCUCAAAGAUGAAGCGUUGCGGGCGUCGUUGGCGUCUGUUGCUUCUGCUGCUGAGGAUAGACGAGUAGAAGGUAUGGACGAGCUCGAGGAGCGGCUCAAGGAAUUUAUUGGCGCGUCGGUGACGUCUGCUACGACUCUACUAGAUGCCAAGUUCGGUUCAUUAAUUACGAAGACCUGCGACGACCUGGAGCAUAAAGUGAAUGCGAUCCAUGAAACGUUGACUGAGAGAGUCGAUGAGUUAGAAAGACAGAUCAAGUCGACUCAACGGGAUGCCGAGGUCAAAGCGCUAGCUAACCAGCAGGAGACGGAAGCGACGCUAUCUUCCUACAGCGACGAAGUCACCUCAUUAAGAACUGAUUUAAGGGGCGUGUCCGUCGACGUCGUCGGCCUCGACAGGUCGCUGCGAGAUGUGUACGAGGAUGUUAGAAAACAUGUACUGUGGGAACAGCUCCAGCGCAAGGAGGCCCAGGACGCGUCGCAAGCGUGGCUAAGGGCAGCAUUAGGCCACCACAAGCACGAAAAAAUAAUUUGUUCCUCGUCGACGAAAAGUGAGAGAACAGCAGCUUUCAAAAAAGAACGGGACCACAUCGCUUCAUCGAUAGCGAGGUUGUUGAAUGGCCUAACGACAGCGUCGCAACUGACGGGCGAGGGCGUCGCGCCGCCUCGACUUGAAGUAAUAGAGUCCGGCUUCGUCGAUGAUGUGAUCGAGGAAGCGACACCAUCGUUAAGACCGAGGACGCCCCAAAAACUCGAACCCCUCGUCCUCACGUCGGGCUUCGAGACGGGGCGCAUCAAGGGUAGUUUGUGGGACGAAGUGGAGAUAACGAAGCAAAUGUAUCGGGGCCGCAUCGACGACGUCCACGAGUCGUUGAUGAGCACGCAAUCGAAGCUGCCCAAGGCAUUGGGGGCCGCGCCGCCGCGGCCCCACCCCCAGCGGCUCGUUGAGCGAGUUUUUGCGCCGUACGAGGAUUUGGUCAAGGAGAAGGGUCGGCUCGUCACGGUGCCCUCGGAACUAGCUUAUGCGGCGGCCUAUGCCGCAAAAGCAUUGUCGGACCACGUCGCCGCGGCGGCGAACCUGGAGGAGAUCGCUCGAGUAGCUCGAGGCACGGCGGCCUAUCAAUUACCUUCCGCUACUGUUGAGUAUAGUGAGCGGACGGGCCGAGGCUUCACGACCGAGGCGGUCAGCGGCCUGACGGGGGGCCCCGACGGCAUUGCGAACCGAAGGAUAGAAUUGGUCAGGGAAUUCGUGCGAGAGCUCCAGGACGCGUGUGUUCGCUUGAGACCGCAGGCCGGCGCUUUGAGAUUAGAGGCGCGCGUGCGCUUCGUGAGGAGGUUCCACGAGGCCUGCGACAGCGCCCUCAGCGUCUACGACCAGGUGAUUGCCGAGGCGCCGACGCUCAUGGGCCGGUCGUCCAAGCUGCCGGCCUGCGUCGCCUGCAACCGGCCCCUGCCCACGAAAAUUCAAAGGGAACCGCGCCGCGACGACCCGGCGCCGCCGCCGCCCCGGGAAACGCGGCCGCCGCUGACCGAGGUGCAACAAUUGCUCGCGUCGCGAGGACCGGAAUUACCCCGGCCGCUCUCGGCGUCGAUCACGCGUCGCGACGCCGAGAUCGACGCGACGACGCCCAAAAUCGAGCGCCGGGGCUUCCGCACGACGCGGCCGCAGUCGCGGAGCGGGCGCGUCGCGCCGCGAUGA